CUGUCCAUACACGACCAAGGGAACCCCCUCGCUACACGAACCUCCCCGAAGAUCGAUCGAAUCGCGCUCGCGCGGAGAACGAGGGAGAGGCACGGAGAUGGCGGUGACCAAUGCGUCGUGGGUCGCGGCCAGCCCCUUCUGCCUCCUCGACUCGCCGGCGGCCAAGAAACCCGCCGCCGCCGCCGCCGCCCCUCCUCCCGGCCUCCUCCUCCUCGGCUCCGGCGCCCGGGCCGCCCUCGGCAGGAACGCCGGCGUCUCCUCCUCCGCCCGGCCCCGCAGGAGCCCGGCUCCGCUCUGCCGCUGCGGCGGCGGCGGUGUCGAGGGUGCCUCCAGCAGCUCUUGCUCCGAUUGGGACUGGAACCGGUGGAGCCGCCAUUUCUCCGAGAUUGAGCAGGCCGAGAGCUUCGCCUCCGUUCUCAAGUUCCAACUGGAAGAAGCGAUCGAGAAGGAAGACUUCCAUGAGGCUGCAAAACUAAAGAUGGCUAUUGCUGAAGCUACAUCGAAGGAUGCUGUUGCUGACAUCAUGGCUCAGUUGAAGAAUGCAAUAGAGGAAGAGCGUUAUCAUGAGGCUUCAAGGUUAUGUAAACAUACGGGAAGCGGGCUGGUGGGCUGGUGGGUUGGUUGCUCAAAAGACUCUAAUGAUCCCUUUGGCCGACUUAUACGCAUAACUCCCAGUGUGGGCAGAUUUGUUGGAAGAAGUUACAGUUCGAGGCAGUUGGUCACUGCAUCUCCUGGAACUCCAAUAUUUGAAAUUUUUGUUGUCAAAGAUACUGACGAUACAUAUCAAAUGCAGGUAGUGUAUUUGCAUCGAACCAAAGGGAACUCGGUGGCCUCCACAAGCUCCUCAUCAAAAUCCUCAAAAAGCCAAUCUUCUAAAGUUGAUGAAACAUCAGUUGCAGAUGUACAAGAAAAUGAGUUGAAGACCGAGACGAAUGAUGACAAGGGCCUGAAUAUUGAAGGAGCGACUGAGGAAGGGAUAAAAAGUGUAAUAAACUUUUUGAAAGAUAGAAUUCCUGGACUGAAAGUGAAAGUUAUGAAUGUUGAUGUAGCUGAGGAAGUUAUUGAGGACAGCGAUUCCGUCAAGCAGUUAAUGCAGGACGAUGAUGAAGAAGCAGUUCCUUUGGAGAAUUCAGAAGAUGAAGAUGGUGAUGUGGAAAAUUUCCAGUCUGAUGAAAUCAGUUUAGGUGAAGAUAGCAGUGUCAAAGAGGAUGAAAAAGAUCUGGAUAUGAAGUUUUUUAUUGGUGGGGUAGUGCAUAAUGAGGACACACCUUCAAAGGAUGAGUUUACACGUCUUCCAGCAGAAUUAAAGGAUAUAGAAAGAGAUUCUUUCAUGCUACAUGUUCCUAGUAAAGGCCUUGGGCAUGAUGGUGGAAAUAACAAAGUAUCCAAAUUGAAAGUUGCAGCAAUAGCAGCUCAAGGUGUAUCUGAAUUGAUGCCCCCUGAUGUUGCAAAGGCAUUCUGGGCUGCAGACAAAGUUUCGCCGAAGGUUUCAAGAGAUGUUCGGGAAAUCGUCAAACUCGCAGUUACUCAGGCAGAGAAAAGGAAUAAACUAUCUGAAUUUACAAAUUUCAGUCGAAUCACCACUUCCAAAGGCGAUUUAGAUCCCUUUGAUGGCUUAUAUGUUGGUGCAUUUGGCCCUUAUGGUACUGAAGUGGUUCAACUGAGACGCAAGUUCGGACAAUGGAAUGGCUCCGAUAAUGGUUCAUCGGAGGUGGAAUUCUUUGAAUAUGUUGAAGCAGUGAAGUUGACUGGGGAUCUCAAUGUUCCUGCUGGCCAGGUUACAUUUCGUGCCAAAAUUGGGAAACGGGGACGAACUUCUAAUCGAGGGAUGUUCCCAGAUGAAUUAGGCGUGGUUGCAAGUUACAAAGGUCAAGGAAGGAUAGCAGAGUUCGGAUUUCGCAACCCAAAAUGGGUUGAUGGUGAGCUUCUUCAAUUAAAUGGCAAGGGCAUGGGUCCAUACUUGAAGGGAGCUGAUCUUGGAUUCCUUUAUGUGGUACCUGAGCGGAGUUUCCUUGUCUUAUUCAAUCGCCUGAAAUUACCUGAAUGAGGCCAUAGCUAUCGAGCAUUUCUCGUUACCCUUUUUGAUGUGGUAGAGAAAAGAGAUAUCUACUGAAAAUAUCUACUGAAAAGGCGGAGCAUAGAGGUCUUUGUCCAUAGUAUGUUUGAUCUGGGUGGAGGAUCAAUAGCCAUUAGGUACUUAUCUCAUCUUGAGAGGAAAGUUUUGAUAGUAUUUCUUGAUGCUUUCUUUGUAUUCAGCCUUUUCUUGUAGUGUUUACGUCUUAUAUGUAUAGUUUUUUCCCUGGCCAAAAUAAGGACUGAAUCUACUCUAAUCCAAUGAGUUGUUGAGUGCAUAUCAGUUUACUUUGUUACAAUUUAUUUCUCAAGCUAAAGGAGGAUGACCAGUGAUCAAAUUGGCAUGUAAUGAGAUAUGGCCUGUGAUAUACGUGGUAGUGAGACAUUCUACUUCGACUCCUUCCUGGGUUUUCCGUUCA